GCUGGGAGCACCUAAGAGCCGACGUCGCCAUGCACGUCCCGCCGUCCGACAGCUAGCUAGCAGAAUGCCUCAUGAAGACCUCGACGCAGGCCAUUUCGCUCGCCCCGGGCAACACAGUGUCGCCUUAUUUCUCAGACUGAACAUGUGCAGAAGUAGCGGGUGUUAUGGAAGGGACGGCUUUCAAGUUUGACUCGAGGGUUUGGCUCGUCAUAGCGUGGCAAGAAGCGGUGGAGCGCUUCCAAAGUUGUCGGUUAGCAGGGCGCGUGUGAAGGAUAGGAAUUAAAGGCGCCGCGCAAACAUGGAGAAACAACAGAGCGACUUGGAGCGAGAGCGCCAGUACUGUGAACUUUGUGGCAAAAUGGAGAACCUUUUGAAGUGCGGUAGGUGUCGAAGCUCCUUCUACUGCAGCAAGGAGCACCAAAAACAGCACUGGAAAGAACACAAGCUCAUUUGUAAGGAAGUGGACAAGACGCAGCCUCGCAAACAGAAGCCCGAGCAACCGCCCGGGAAUGAGAAGGCGCCGGAUAAAUGCCCGAAGAAGAAUAGCCCCGAGCAGGCGGACAUCAGUGCUUUUUCGUCACAAACUACAAACGCGGAACCGCAGGGGCUGGGAGAGCAGCCGGCUGAGGAAGACUCCAACAAUACCGCCACACCUAAUGGACAAACGAGUUCUUCGUCCCCGCAGAAACUAGCCACGGAGUACGUCAUCCCGUGGAUGAACAAGCACGGCAUCUGCGUGGUGGAGAACUUCAUGGGCGAGGAGACCGGACUGAGCAUCCUGGAAGACGUCAAGGCCCUGCACAAAACCGGCCGCUUCACGGACGGCCAGGUGGUCAGUCAAAAAAGUGACUCCACUAAAAGCAUCCGUGGGGACAAAAUCACGUGGGUCGACGGGAAGGAGGUCGGCUGUGAGAAGAUCCGCUUUCUCACCAGUCGCAUGGACGACGUGGUCAGACAUUGUAACGGCAAACUGGGCAACUACGCAAUCAAUGGAAGGACAAAAGCAAUGGUAGCAUGUUACCCUGGAAACGGGACCCAUUACGUGCGGCAUGUGGAUAACCCCAACGGCGAUGGACGUUGUAUCACAUGCAUAUAUUACCUUAAUAAAGAUUGGAAUGCCAAGGAACACGGUGGCCUCCUUCGAAUCUUCCCAGAAGGAAAAUCCCAAUUUGCCGACAUAGAACCCAAAUUUGACCGUCUGCUUUUUUUCUGGUCAGACAGACGGAAUCCCCAUGAGGUUCAGCCUGCUUUUGCUACCAGGUAUGCCAUCACCGUGUGGUAUUUUGAUGCAGAUGAGCGAGCUCGAGCUAAAGAAAAGUACUUAACAGGUGCAGGAGAAAAAGGAGUAAAGGUUGAACUGGGCAAACCAUCCGAUCCCAGCUAGUGCAAAGCCCGCGUCCGGUCCAGCCAGCCAGCUUACAAGUCCUCUGUCACCAAAAAGUGGCCGUGAGAGAGCAUGUGUGUGUUUUACAUGGGACAGUGGAUGUUUUUGGAAGAAAAACAAACAUGGACAGCCAAGUGUGUUCAUAUUUAGUCAACUUUGACAACCCAACGGACCUUGAAUGUCAUGACAUUGUACUGAAAGGGAUGGUGUUUUUUUUUUUUUUGUUUUUUUUUUUAAAGUUCCCUUUUUCGGCCCAGACACUUUUCACACAACUCGCAGGAAUCAAGCUCAUCUCGUAGUGAAUUCCUUAAAAGGUACAGCAUUCUGCAUAACCUCAACGCAUUAUGCUUUUCUCAUGGAAUCAUCGUUUUUUAUGAUACUGUCUGGAACAUGUUUGAGUGUGCAUCAGCGAGGAAAGAGAUGGAUUAAAAACACAUUUAUCCUGAGAGAAUUACAAUGGUCUUAGUAUGGAUUUCUUGUCCACUUCAAAAAGCUGUUAAAGUCAUACACUCACCGCUUACAGAAAAUGCAGUUUUAUCCUGCCCCCUGCGGACGGUUAAUGGUAUAGCACUGUUGAUUUAUCUGAAGAUAACUUCCGUACAAUGGAAAUUUCUCACAAACGGUCAGUAAUUAAUUUAGUCACACAUGUCAUGCAGUCAAUAUUAAAUAUUGUAACUGUGUUGUAUGAGUUAAGAACCCAUUUUUGUAUAACUUUGGGAAAUUAUUUUUUUAAAUGUUUAAUUUGGUGACAAAUCAGCAGUCAAAAUGUUAAAUUACCACACAGUAUUUAAUUUGUCCAUUUUUAACUAAUUUUAAGGUACAAUUUGUGUACAUAUCUAUACAUUUUGGACUUCAGCCUUAGUGUCAAUAAAACGAAUAAAACAAAAACAAAAAUA